GCAUAAUUUACUUCAUUUGACGAAGGCAAAUCCCAUUGGUCUAUUAAAAAUGGCAAUUAAAAUUUUUGAUAAUAAUCUUAAUAUUAAAAUGCUUGCUGAUAAGAUUAACAAAGAUUUUAUGACGGUCUUACAUCAAAUUUGAUUUAUAAAGCGUAACGCUUGGAGAAUUAGUAUAUAAACGAAAGAACCGUCGCGCAGCCACACCGGGAUACCAAGCAGAAUGCGUACAGUACAAAGUUUAGGCAGAUUAUUGCUUUUCUUAGCAAUCGUCAUAGGACCGCAGCAAACCUGGCAGCUCUCGCUACCCACCGAUCCCACCUAUCAGGCUGGUGUGGUCGAAUAUAUACCGGGUGUGGGCAAAGGAAAAUCUAAGGUCCAGGAAAGCCUCAAGCGUAUGAAAGAGGUCAUCGAAUCGGAUGGCACACGCGAUUUAGAUAUACUAGUAUUUCCCGAGUUCGUACUGAAUGACCCGACGUUCCGCACUUUUGUGCCCGAUCCCAAGCUGCAGAUAGCACCUUGUGAAAUACCCAGUUAUGAUCACUUUCUAACGGAACUAUCAUGCGCCGCCCGUUCACGUCAACUCUAUUUGGUCGUCAAUUUGAUGGAGAAAGUGUUUUGCGCCAACGACACCACAGCGGUUGGACGUUGCGACGCCAGUGGUUUAAACAGUUAUAAUACCAAUGUGGUGUUCGAUCGGCAGGGGCGUGUCAUUUCGCGUUAUCGCAAGACACACCUCUACCGCUACGAGUGGUACGAUGUGAAUGUAUUGCCACAAGCGGAACUUGCCACUUUCACCACCGAUUUCGGCGUAACUUUUGGCCACUUUAUAUGCUUUGACAUGCUUUACUGGGAACCCCCAGAGGUAUUGGUGAAAGAGCAUGGCAUUACAGAUAUUAUUUACACAACUUAUUGGUUCAAUGAGCUGCCCUUCCUCACAGCCGUGCAGCUGCAAGAGGGUUGGGCAUUCGCUAACGAUGUGAACUUGCUAGCCGCAGACGCUAGCAAGCCCAGUGGACAGAAUUCCGGUUCGGGUAUUUAUGCUGGGCGCUUGGGACGCCUAGUAGCGGUCACUUAUGAAGAACCCACCACACAGCUGCUCACUGCGAGCGUACCAAAACGCGGCUACCGUCAGAACUAUCAAGCGCCACCAGUUAUACAGCCCAACUUUGUGCCGCAAGUCAGCACAUCGCGUUUUACCAAACUUGCCCUGCUCCGCGACUACAAUGUGGACAUUUUUAAAACUCAGUUGCUGCCCGCCGACUUCACGACAGUGAAUGAAACUCUAUGCUACGAUAGUCAGUUCUGCUGUCAUUUUCAGGCUUCGCGCAACAUUGUCAGUAGCGUAAGUACUUACGCAGCGUACCGCUAUCGGCUCGCAGCUUACAGCGGCUCAAGCGUCACACACCAGCGUGUCGAUCCGGCGGCUUUGAAAGUGUGCGCUGUAAUCGCUUGCACCAAUGCGAAUUUGUACAGCUGUGGUCACAUCUUUCCAGCUGGCGUUACAGUUGGUAAUACUUACUAUUUUAGUGCAUUGAAUGUAAGCGCUUCAUUCCCACAUGCGCCGCGACGCCUCAUUAUGCCGUCUAGUGUGGAUGGCAGCAUUAUGCCACUGCCGGUGCACACUUAUGAGUGGCAGGAAUUUGAGAGCAACAACACUACUGCGAUCUCCAUAAGCUUGACAUAUCCCAAACUGGAUAUACUGACCUUUGGCAUUUGGGGUAAUUACUAUUCGACUGAGGUGAGCACGCAUAAUUUCGAUCCGGUGUGGCAGCCUGUGCGAGUACCUAAUUCUGGUGCUUCUAAACUUGGCGAAGUGAAGCUUUUAGUAGGUUUGGUGUUAGUGGCGCUUAGCCAGUUGUUCUAGGUUAAGCGCUUUACACAUUGUUCAUUCAAGGGUUGGGGAAAUAUUUUGUCUAGGUUUUGUGGAACCGAUGCCAAAAAUGGGACCUAUAUUUCAUGUAGCAAUGAUUGAUUAAUAAAGACUUCUCUAUAAUAUUAUAAAAUUUGUUUAAA